CUAACAGAGGGAAAUGGGUGGGUGGAAAGUCCCUCUGUGGAAAUCCCCUUCCCUGUACCGGGCUUUUUUGUAACAUUUGACGAGUUAAACGGACGCCCAUGAAUUAUUCUUGACAGACUCAGCGGACUGCAAAGGCACCAGACGAGGUGGAUAGUGAGGGGAAGAAGAAGAGACGGUUGAAUGGCGCCGAGGAAGGACCGCUGCGGUGGGGCUGAGUGAAGUGGCUGAAGAAGGACCGGUAGCCUGAGCGUCCAGGAAGGCUUUGUUAUUACCCGGACACGGUUCCCAGGUAAGACCCCGUCCCUGUCCAUCUCCAACUGCUCUUUAGGGGCUGGCGUGUUUAGCACGAAUGUCAGACUCGCUGGGAUGCUCGGGUUUUUAGGCCUUUCCUAGUGAACGGUCGUACAGUGUGAAUAUGGGGACAUGGUGGGAAAGCUGGAGGCUUGUGGCUCAAGACAGUGGCUGCUUUCUUUGACAGCCAUUGUUUACAAAGACGUCAGCCAGAACGUUCAAACAGAAUGAAUGUCUCCUGGGCGCUUUCACACUGGGUCCGUGUCCGAGGCGGAGGAGACCUUUAAACGCUACGGUGUCUGGAGGGUAGUUGUCAUAGGAAUUACGUAAGCCCUCCAACGUCAGCAAAGUCUCCUGUUUAUUGUGUUUCUGUGGAGCCAGUCGGGCUACACCGCAGCGUUCACCUUCCUGACACUUUGUCUGUCUUCGCCCAGGGGGUCAAAGCAGAAAUAGCAGAUUGUUGCUGUCUGUAAUGUGGUGACUGACACACAUUCCUGGGGCCAGUUAGAUCCCUUUGCACCUGCUGCUCGCUGGAAAGCUGCAAGGCACAGACCAUCAAAGGCUGACUACUACGUCUGCCUGUUGUCUCUAACUGUAGGCUGAUGUUAAGUGGAUAUGGUGUUCUUUAAGUUAGACAGUCAUGGUUUCCUACUGUACUUACUUUUUCGUAUAUGGACGUUGACUCUAUUCUUGAAUUCACACAUGGUGAUGAUGUUUGGCCUGCAAUUUAAGUGAGGUGUAGUGAGUGAGGCGUAGUAAGUGAGGUGUGGUGAGGUGAUUUAAAGAUGUUAUUUUAUUGCUGCCGUGGCCUGACUUUGGAUGUUUAAGUCAGGAUUGCAAUAAAGUCCUUAACUUUAGCUUAACACAUCAGUGUGGAAUGGAUUUAUUUGCAUAACAUAAAUAUGACAGUAAAAAUAAAGCACAAUGGAUAUCAAUGCAAAGAAAGCAAAACAACUGGAAUAAGGAUUCAAGUUAUAUUGACUCAAUAUACAUUAAUAAUAAUACUAAUAUGUUGUCAUCAGUUGUUUAUUACACAGUCCUUACUCCAUCCCCUCCUCGUUCAGGUUCCCGACAUUGUCUAUAGGUUGGCGGUCUCUGGUGUUCCCAACUCCCAUUCCCAACUCCCGUUCCCGUUCUACUUACGCUCCUCCCGUCCUCUCCUCCGCUUGCUCGCCAUGUCGCAAGGCCAGAACUUCCUCCCAAAGUUCCUCUUCGUGUCCAACCUGCUGAAGGCGGUAAAGAUCCGCCAGCGUGUCCCCAACGAUGUGGUGAAGCCCGGUGCCAGCGGGGGUCUCAUGCACCACCUGCGAGGCAUGCACCGCUACACGCUGGAGAUGAUCGCCAUGAACCACUUCCCACAGGCCUUCCGCGAGGUUGUGCAGGCCGCCAUCCUGGACCGGGCCAUGCAGGUGUCCCUGGAGCAGGAGAAGAAGCUCAACUGGUGCCGGGAGGUGAAGAAGAUGGUGCCCCUCCGGACCAACGGGGACGGGAACUGCCUCCUCCACGCUGCGUCUCAGUACAUGCUGGGGGUCCAGGACACAGACCUGGUGCUGAGGAAGGCCCUCCACGGGGUCCUGAAGGACACGGACACGGGCAGCUUCAGGGCCCGCUUCCAGGCAGAGCUGCUGCACUCCCAGGAGUUCACGCAGACCGGCCUGCGCUACACCACCACGAACUGGGAGGAGGAGUGGGAGAAAAUAGUGAAUAUGGCGUCCCCAGUCUCCAGUAGCAACGGCCUCCAGUUUGAUUCCCUUGAAGACAUCCACAUCUUCAUCCUCUGCAACAUCCUCCGCAGGCCCAUCAUCGUCAUCGCAGACCAGGUACUGAGGAGCAUGAAGUCAGGCUCUUCCUUCUCUCCACUCAACGUGGGCGGAGUCUACCUUCCACUUCAAUGGCAGCCCACAGACUGCUACAAGUACCCCAUCGUCCUCGGCUAUGACUCGCAGCACUUUGCACCCCUCAUCAUCAUCAAAGACAGCGGGCCAGAGAUUCGAGCGGUUCCCCUGAUCAACCCGGGUCGGGUGGGCUUCGAGGAGCUGAAGGUCCACUUCCUGAUGGAGAAGGACCAGCAGCAGAAGGAGCGGCUGCUGAAGGACUACCUGAUGCUCAUCGAGAUCCCCGUCAUCGGCCUGGGCAACGAUGCAACGCGCAUCAUCAACGCUGCACGGCUGGACGAGGGCAACCUGCCGGAGGACAUGAACCUGAUGGAGGACUACCUGCAGCUGGUAAACCACGAGUACCAGCGCUGGCAGGAGGACAAGGAGCAGGCCUGGGCCGCGCAGCCCCAGCGCCCGCCGCCGUUCUCCGUGUCCCAGCUGUCGCUCAUCGAGAUCCGCUGCGCCACGCCGCGCUGCACCUUCUACGUCUCGGUGGACACGCAGCCCCACUGCCACGAGUGCUUCGAGAAGAGGCAGGGCGCGGACCCCCGGACCGAGGGCGGGGUGCUGCAGGUCAAAGGGGGCAUGCAGACGGCCGUGGCCGUGCUGGGGGUCUCGGGCAUGGCGGACGUGGUGAGCUGCCGGGGCACCCGCGGCGGCAGCCCGCCGCCGUCGUCCUCCGCCGCCGGGAGGGGGCCGGCGGUGACCAGCCCGCGCUCGGCGCCGCCCACCGCCCCAAGCCUCAGCCUCUACAGCGAGACGCACGCCAUGAAGUGCAAGACCCCCGGCUGCCUCUUCACCCUCAGUGUGGAGCACGACGGCCUCUGCGAGCGCUGCUUCAAUGCCAGGCAGGCCCCCGGGGGGCCCGCUGCCCCAGGGGGGGGCGCCACCAUGGGGCCGCCUCCGCCCCCGGGCCAGUGGCCGGGACGGGAGGCGGAGACGGAGCGCUGCGGCAUGUGCCGGCAGGAGGCCUUAAGGACAUUCAACGGCCUGUGUCCGCCCUGCAUGCAGAGGCAGCAGGCGCCGGAGAGGGGGGAGCCGGGCCAGCUCAGCGACCCGCGGACCACCGAGGCCUCCUCGUCGUCGGUGGCGGCGGCGGCGGCGGUGGCGGCGGCCUGGAGCCAGACCCGAGAGCCUGAGCGGGCGCCGUGCCACAUGCUGACCCCCGGCCCCACGUCGGCCUGGCAGACUCCGCUGGCGCGGUCCUGCAAGAGACACGGCUGCCCGUUCUUUGGGACCCCGGAGAAGUUGGGAUUCUGUACUAUCUGCUAUGUAGACUAUCAGACCAACCACCACAUGACCCCUUCGGUGGCCCCGGCGCAGAACCGGCAUGGCUCCGAGGCGGCCUUCCAGAACGCCUCGCGCUGCCUGGGCGCGUGCUGCGGCGCGGUGGGCAAGGCCAUGCUGGAGGGAUACUGCAAUAAUUGCUACGUCAAGGAGCAGAGCACGCGGCUCAACCAGGCGGCCAACCGCACGUCGCACUCCCCGCCCCCCGUCACGCGAGAGCGAGCGCCCAAGCCCAGAUCCUCCCAGCAGUCCCAGCAGUCCCAGACCCAGUCCCAGACCCAGACCCAGACACAGACUCAAACCCAAACACAGACGCACGCCGGGACGCAGUGCAGGCGGAGCGGCUGCAGCAACGAGUCCCCGGGCUGCACGGACUUGUGCCCGGAGUGCCACACUCGAGGCCAGGGCAGGGAGGGGGGGCGGCGGGCGCAGGCGCCCAAGGAGAAGUCCAAGCAGCGGUGCCGGACACAGGGCUGCGACCACUACGCUAACGCAGAGAAACAGGGCUUCUGCAACGAGUGCGACCACUUCAAACAGGUCUACCGGCGCUGACCUUGCGUCGAUGUGGUUAGGGGGCGCAUCACAGCGCUCAUGCAGCAACCCGACAGCCAACGCCCCCGCCAAUAGACCCCGGGGGGCCCGCGAUGGCCCCGGGUAGGACAACACAUGCCAGUCAAUGCACCUCUGAUACUAACUAACUAGCUAGUCGCUAACUAGUAACCUAAUGGCCUGAAAUCAACCCCUUCAUGUAGAAUGUGGAGUGAGUGUGUGCUCAGUGGGGGGAGUGUGUGUAUGUGUGUGUGUGAGUGUGUGCGUGUGUGCGUGAGUGUGCGUCCGUACGUGCGCAGUAGACAUGGCCUCCAGAAUACCUCUUUGUGCAAUUAUGAAGACUGACCGGCGCGUGCAGAUCAAUGUGGAGAGGUUCGGCUCCAUGUUGGGAAUAACUGGCUCAACUCAUGUGUACAAUAUGUAUUUAGAUUGUACACAGUCAAUCGUGCCGGACGAAAAUGAUUGUAUGUUGACAUUACAAAAAAGCACCUGACACUGCUUUCUAUACCAUAGCCAAGGAUCUUGACCCUCUUUCUUUCUUUCUUUCUUUCUGUCCGUCCGUCAGUCGUUUUACCGGUGCCCUUGGUUGCUGUCCUGUCUUUCUCGCAAUUGUUCUGCUGCAACCAGAAAUGCGACAACUCUGGCCUGGGUAGAAAAGGUAUAAGGAUUGCAGUUUAAAGAAGAAAAAAAGCUACUAUGAAUUAAGCCAAAGAGUGCAAACUCAAAUCCAACACGUUUUAAAGCAAGCUGCGUCAGACCUACGAGUGGGUUGUGUGUAACGGGUUGGUGGCGAGGAUGAGUCACUCGUCCUUACUUACACCCAUUUGAUUUCAUAGUGUCACAGCUCAAAGUAAGUUAACCCCAAAUAUUAUUUUUUAAUGGAUCACAGUGUCAUGAGUCAUCUGCAUUUAAAUCAGACUUUGGCUUUGGUAAUUCAGUAGAGAUUCUUUUUACUACUUUUGUCACUGCAAUGUGGGCCUGUUAAUCCUUUAAAGGGUCACAAUUAAUAAGCCAUUUCACUCGUUUGGUUGUGUGAGUGAAGAUCAAGGAUCCCCCAAACAGAGCUGAUGUCACUCACGGUAACGAUAAGGUCGCUGAGAGAUAACCCUUUGACUCAGAACAAUGCAAGAUGGACAGAGCAAACCCAACCUAGCUUCUGGUGCUACAUGUACAGAAACAAGUGCGUCUUUAUAGAAGCCCGCCUCGGCAGAAAGGACGCCAUCGUAGUUCACAAUAGAACAUAGGAUUAAAGUGUCACACUUUCUAUUCCUCUUCCCCUCCUCUUCCUUCCUUCUUUCUCUUCCUUUUUUUUCCUCCCACUCUCAGUAUAACAUAUGUUGCCUUGGUAGUUGUUAUUAUGUUUGAUGACGCCGCACUUAGAUACAGGAUCAUAUACGUUACACAAACACAUACAGACAGACAGACAUGGGAGACAUAACGACAUACAUGCAAAAUCGUGUAGCUCCUGCCCCAUUAGACACGGACAUCCCUUAAACGCACUCAAGCAUCAACACUCACACUGACAUGCACACAUGCAUACAUUCGCACAUGUUUCUGUAAGAUUGCAAAAGUCUCCCACCCUAGCCUGAGGCGAUGUGAAGGCAGACAGACCGGUGUAGGAUCACACCCUUCCUUCUGCUACAACGCUCUCCAUAUGUGCCAAGGAGAUCACAUUUUGCAAAUGUUCAGACAGAAAUCCCAAUUGCCUGCACUGGCCAACCAGUGGAUCUGAAUGUGUUUGAGAGCUCCAGCGGCCUAUAGUCCCGGCACCGGGGCUGAUUCUCGAUCAGCUUUGCCUUUAAAUAGUUCAUGAGAAUUUUUUCUACACUAUGGGUGAUUGUGGAUCAGGGCACCUUGUUGUGAGUAGGGAUCUGGGGGUCCGCCCCAGAGUGAGACCUCCCCAACUGAUGCCUCGUGUCAAGACUCAUGCCAACACACACACACACGCGGCCCAGAUGCGCAAAUCAAACAUUCCUGUUUUGGUUUCUUUUAGUUUUUCUUCAGAUUUAAUAUAUUUGAAUAUAUAUUUUGUUUUUAUUUUCGCCAAAUAAUACAUGUGCCAACAUAUACUAUUCAACAAACAGUCGUCGUUACCUCCUUAACAACACGACCAGCUUGGAUCCCUUCUAAUAUGCCAUAGAUCGAUAUCUAGCUGUCUAGAGCUGGUUGGAGUAGAGAUCAGGGGUUCACUUUUCUAUCAUCACUACUUAGUCAUCUCUUUUAGUGAUUAAUACUUUAAUCAAAAAUAAACUCCCAAUUCUUCAAAUGGAAAACAACUAGAAAACAACCACCUUCACGUGUUUCUCUCUCAAUUGGCCUCGUCCCCUUUUGAGAGCCGCUGGACGGCAGAUGUCCAUCUAUGGCUAUGGUUAGGAAUGUAUAGAAAACACAGGGCCUCGACCUGCCUUCUUGUAACACCUGUAUGUAGAGCUGCCCCCACCCCGCACCAAGCACUUGUCAAGCCUAAACGUAGAUGUGCGCUUUAAUCACCUCUAGACGGACCUUAAAUCAAUGAGACGCGCUGACGGGAGAGGCGUGCACGGGGCCGGGCUCGGGCGGGACUCGGGGAUGGGUGACAGGGUAGCACACGACGAGGCUGCCGUGAGAUUAUUGGUCGGAGCUCCGUCCCGCCGGGGGACAUUCCAGGCCCGGGGAAUGCAUGUCCUCGUACGAGCCGAAGGUGUGACUAAAACAUGCAAACAUUACUCUGUGACCUUUUGACAAUAGGGUAUUGUAUGAAAAAGCCUUCUUUAAUUUGUUAAGUAUUUAUUCAUAUCAAGAUAUUAUCUGUAUUGUGUGAUUCAAUAAUUAUUUAUAUGUUGUCCUGAAAUGAAUUAUUUUUAAUAAGAAAUCUGA